UUAUCCUUAUUGCAUAUUUUCUGUAUGUUCUGCCUUCAUUUGGUUUUGUUUUGUUCUUUUCCAGCUUGUGGAAAACUUACAGGAAUAUCUGAACCAAUAACAAUGAAAACAUCUGGGUCCAGAUUUGGUUCGUGGAUGACAGAUCCACUGGCUCCAGUUGGAGAUGACAGGGUCUGGUACAUGGAUGGUUAUCACAACAAUCGCUUUGUCAGGGAGUACCAGUCUAUGUAUGACUUCAUGACAACGGAUAACUUCACAUCCCAUCGCCUGCCUCAUCCAUGGUCUGGUACUGGCCAAGUGGUUUACAAUGGAUCCAUUUACUACAAUAAGUUUCAGAGUCACACAAUCAUCAAAUUUGACUUUAGCACGUCACUUAUCAGUCGCUCCCGGCAGCUUGACUUUGCCGGUUACAACAACAUGUACCAUUACUCAUGGGGUGGUCACUCUGACAUCGACCUCAUGGUGGAUGAGGGUGGGCUCUGGGCUGUGUAUGCAACCAAUCAAAAUGCCGGUAACAUUGUUCUUAGCAAAUUAAAUCCGAACACUCUACAAAUCAUCCGAAGUUGGACCACCAACCAUCCAAAACGCAGUGCUGGUGAGGCCUUCAUGAUCUGUGGAACAUUGUAUGUCACUAAUGGUUAUUCAGGAGGAACAAAGGUGUACUAUGCCUACUCCACCAACUCCUCCACCUACGAAUACAUCGAUAUCCCCCUGACCAAUAAAUACAGCCACUUGUCCAUGCUUGACUACAAUCCUAGAGACAGAGCACUUUAUGCCUGGAACAACGGGCACCAAGUUCUGUAUAAUGUAACACUAUAUCAUAUAAUACAGUAACUAAAUAUCAUUCUCAUAAUCUCAGUGUGAAAGUUAUAAGGUUAAGAAAACACAUUUCCUCUCAAGCAAAAAAAAAAAAAAAAACCCAAAUUUUUAACAAGCUCUCACAUUGAUUGACUUGUAGAUAGAGAAAGCAAUGCACCGGGCCUUGCAAAGGUAUUAACCCCUUGCUAUUUUCUACUUGUUGUUACCUCACAAUGUGGAAUCAAAAUGGAUUGUUUAAGAUUUUGCACCAGAUAACUUACAAAACAUGCCUUUUGAAUGUGUAUUGGUUUCAAAUCUGUUUAUUUAAAAAGCUCCUUUUUAAGGACUUCCUCUUAAUUCAAAUCAGUUUUAUUUAUAUAGCAUCAAUUCACAGCACACAUCAUCUCAAGGCACUUUCCAGAGUCAAUUAAAUCAAAUCCUCCAGAGACAUUGGUUCAACAUUUUCUCUCUCAGGGAACCCAGCAGGUUGCUUCCAGCAUUCACUCCUCCUGGAUGAACAUGGAGCCACAGUGGACAUUCGCUGGCAUUGUG